GCUAGUGCUACUUUUGGAAUCUACUGCAUUUUUUCUGACCUUUAUCUUUCCAUCAUAAUUAAGACGAUGGCCUCUGCAACAUCUGCGCAACAGUUUAUUACGAAGCUCAUGACUUCAUCGCAAAACAGGGCGUUAGCUAUGGAGGCCGACACGAUUCGGGGGCUUCUGGGCUUUGCUCGCCAGCUCCAGCCUGGGGACCCAAAGCACGUCGAAUACCGGCAGAAGAUUGGUCACAUAUUGUUCUUCCGUGUACAAACCCUCAUUUCAGCAGCAACAAUGUUCGACCCCCAUUUUCUUAUCGGCUGCAGUAGAGAUAACCACCGUCUGCAAGAACAAGAAGUGGGUUGGGAUACCUAACUGGCAAGACAUCAGAGAGGAUGAUCCAAGGAUCGAAAAUCACCCACUGAUCAACAAGACGUGGUACGUUCAUCCGAAUCAGCAGAUGUUACAGGGCUUCCCUGAGGGUGCCCUAUUGGUUGCUGAGCCACCCGCUGCAACUGCCGAUGAUAUUUCUUUACUCACCGAUAAUACUUCCGUGGCUUCCGGCGCAAUCGGCAAGCGCCAGCUGCGUGUCUUUGGCCCUAAGUCGCAGGCCCAUGCGAAAGAGAAUGCCGAGGAAGAGGGAGCACUACCUACAGACCAGUCUAGGGGUCGAUCCAAUCACCGGGGAUCUAAGAAACGGGGGAUCACUGAAUCUGAAUCACGAACCCCGCUUGCAGGAGCUAUGGGGGCUGGGUCGCACAAACGAAUCCGUGCAGACACGAGGUCCAAUACCGUUAACGAGAUGGGAGAAAGCGUGUCGCAGGGAGUGAUACAUGUGCAACACCCAAAAGCGAAAACCAAAACACCGACAGGUCUAUCUUUGAAAGCAGUCAGCAGUUCAGCAAACCUCUUGACAGCACGAUCGGGUGCCGUCAACGCCGCUGGUUCCUGUCCUCGUUGUGUCAGGGAAGGCAAGACAUGCAUGAGAGCCAGGGGCAAGACUGGCCUCCUGUUAGUUUGCACUGCCUGCAGGCGACUGAAAAAAAAGUGUGAGCUGGAUGUCAACCAACCCACCAUGCAGCGAGGAAAGUCGGGUGUGCGAGGUGACCCUCAUCUCCGAUCAUCGGAGAGGGUAAAGGCACGGAAAAUGUCCACUCGCCGCAUGGGCACUUCUGUGCUGCAGCGAACACCGCCUAGAGUCGUCAUGAGCUAUGUGUCAGUGCCCCAGCUUCCGAUCUCAGCCCCCGAAUCCACAACCGUGAAGCUAAGAAGCGUGAAGAGAAAGAUGAGUAGUAUGGAGGGUGUGAUCGACCUCCUCCAUCGCGAGAUGGAGACACUCCGCACGAUCAUCGAUGCCUCGAGCUGAUAAAACAAUGCCUAUGGUGUAUGAAUGACUUUGAUUACGCGUUAGGCUAUCAUAGCCAAAGUAUUACUGAUUUACCUGCUUCUCAAUCUUCAAGUGUUAUGCUUGAGCGUACAGGACUCACCUGACCCGAGUUAUGGAUGCACUCAGUGAUAUCGAUUUAGCAGUCACCCUUUUUUUUCAGUUUCAUGCCUAUGCCUCUUGAUACCUUUUCUUUUCAGUUUCAUGCCUAUGCCUCCUGAUAC